CGCGGUUAUCUGUCACAUGGUUAGCUCUCCACAUCAUUCAGGUGGAACGGCUCACUACACGGAAGCAGACGAUGUCGUGUGUGUGAGUGUGUAGGACGAUGUCGGGCGGGGCGGUCUCCCCGCGCUGCAGGGACAUCGAAAGGAAUGCGGGUUACGUGCGUCCCGAGGAGUGCGCCGUGCCUCCCUCGGCCUCGUCGGCGCCCCCCUCGGGCCGGUGGUGUAUCCGGGACGCGUGCGGCGUGGUGUGCGCCGCCUUCACCUGGUUCCUGGUGCUGUACGCCGACUUCGUGGUGAUGUUCGUGAUGCUGCUGCCCGUCCGGAGCGCCGCGUACAGCGUCCUCAACGCCGCCCUCUUCAACUCCCUCGCCGUGCUCGCGCUCGCCUCGCACGCCCGCGCCAUGUGCACCGACCCCGGCGCCGUGCCGAAGGGAAACGCCACCAAGGAGUACAUCGAGAGUCUGCACCUGAGACCGGGACAGGUCGUCUACAAGUGUCCUAAGUGCUGCAGCAUCAAACCGGACCGUGCUCACCACUGCAGUGUGUGUAAGCGCUGUAUUAGGAAGAUGGACCACCACUGUCCCUGGGUGAACAACUGUGUGGGUGAAAACAACCAGAAAUACUUUGUGCUUUUUACGAUGUACAUCGCUUUGAUCUCGCUCCACGCCCUCUUCAUGGUGGCCGUCCAUUUCUUCUUCUUCUGCUUGGAGCAGGACUGGGGAAAGUGCAGCAGGUUCUCCCCCCCCACCACGGUCAUCCUGUUGGUCCUGCUGUCCUUGGAGGGACUCCUGUUCUUCCUCUUCACCUCCGUCAUGUUCGGUACCCAGGUUCACUCCAUCUGCACCGACGAGACCGGAAUCGAGCAGCUGAAGAAGGAAGAGCGACGGUGGGUCAAGAAGUCCAAGUGGAUGAACCUGAAGGUGGUCUUCGGCCACCCGUUCUCCGUAGCGUGGCUCAAUCCGCUCGCCGUCCCCGAACACGGCAAAGCGGACCUCUUCCAGUACAUCGUCUGACUCCCGAGUCACGCUCAGGACCUGCACUAUAGACGGCCUUAUUUUAUAAUAAUAAUGUCUGCGUGUGUGUUUCAGGACUCGCGUCUCGUCCUGUGUGUACGUUUCAUGUUUGUUCUUGAUUGUAUUUUCACACUCUGGUGUUCUUACGUCUUUAAAGACGUAACGAAAAAAACACUAACUCGACCUCCAGCACGCUGUACACACACACACACACACACACCGUGUGGUGUUCAAUCAGAGGAGGCGUUCAGCAGUGUUUCAGUCGGCAGGAAAGUAAUAAUGACAUAGGGAACGGGAUCAGUCAGGAGUCUUAGUGUUGAGUCUUGAGCGAGUUUGGAGAGUUCUCACGCACGACAUCGUCGCCUUAAACACACCGUCUGGCCUAAAAACAACAAGGGUCGCGUUAUUCAAGCAAAGAAAACAACUAAGGAGAUUCGAAAUGACUUCUGCUGCUUAAUCUCACAGUUCUCACAAAUUUUAUUUUCAGCUGGUGUCAAAUAAAGUGUUUUUUAAAAAGAUGUGACAUCCUGUCUCACUGGAGCAGGGAGCGUUCUUAGUCAUACACUGACAUUUUAAACUGAAUGAUCUUUAUCUUUAGAUCAUGUUUUAUAAAAUUACAGAAAUAUAUAAAUAAAUGGUUGAUUAGCUUUUUCCGAACAUAGAGACGAACCUGGCACGGUUUACCCUGUACAAGAGGAACAGAUUUCAGACGUCUGUGAAACUCCAGCAUUUCAUUAUAAAAUAUGAAUCGUGUACAGUUGUUUAUGUUCUUUUUUUUUUUUUUGUCUUUAAAUCUUAACCAGAAGCAGCAGGUGGUGAUGUUCAUAGAUUUUAAUCUGGUCCAGUGUUUUGAAUCUUCAUGACUUUUUACAUCAGUGAUUUACAUAAAAUGCAAUAAAUUCUAUUGAUCUUUU